AUGAAACUCAUCAGCAUUGUCUCAAGAGAACUAAUCAAACCAUCUUCCCAAACUCACCAUCUUAAGCCUUACAACCUUUGCCUUAUUGAUCAACUUGUGCCUAAAGUUUAUUAUCCAGUCAAUAUAUUUUACCCCAUUAGUGAACCCAAACUCUUUGACCUCUCAAAAACCCUAACUAGAAUGAAAACAUCCUUGUCAGAAACACUCAACUUGUAUUAUCCUUUCUCUGGAAGAACAAAAAAUAAUCUAUACGUAGAUGAUUUUCAUAAGGGUGUUCCUUUCUUUGAAACUAAAGUCAAAUGCGAGAUGUCUCAGUUCAUCCAAAACGAAACUGAGUUGCAUAAUAAAUUAGUCCCGAUUCAACCAUAUGCAAAAACAUUGAAUAAUGAUGUUCCUCCCAUUGCCUUCCAAUUGAACAUAUUCCCUUGUGGUGGAAUUGCUCUAGGAAUUUCUCUCAACCAUAAGAUUAUGGAUGGCGCAACAUUAAGUAAUUUUCUCAAAUCUUGGGCUGCUUUUUCUACGGGUUCAACUCAUAAGGUAAUAAACCCUAAUCUCUUUGAUGCAAGUACUAUUCUCUUUCCUCCAAAAGAAACUGAUUUUAUCAACAAGUACUCAUUAAUAAUGGAUCGAUGGUUUAUUAAAGAUGGGUAUUAUACUAGCAAGAAAUUUGUUUUCACCAAUGAAACUAUACAAACACUAAUAGAGAUGGUCAAAAGUGAAUGCAUGCCAAAACCUACUCGUAACACUGCAAUCACUUGUUUUAUAUUAAAACAUAUCAUGGCAACUUUUUGGGCAAAGUCACCCCAUGAUAUUGUUACAGCUAGACAAGCGGUUAAUAUUCGUCCUAGAAUGAAGUCUCCUCAUCACAAUGGCGAAUCAUUAGAUGGUGUUGUGGGAAACUUAGUUGGGGAAGUUGCAACAUUUUUCGAUCCUAAUAAUUUUCAAAAUAAUGUUAAGAAUAAUGGUUAUGACAUAAAGCUGAGCGAUUUGGUGAGACAAUUGAAGGAAGCCAUGCAAGGAUUUGAGGAUCAUUUUCUAUGUCAAGUUAAGAAAGGUGGGGAAGUGGCUUCAUUUGAGAUUUUGAAAAGAGUAGAGCACAUAAGUCUUUUGGAUAAGUUAGAAAAGACUAAUCACUCGAUUACAUUUACCAAUUGGAAAGGGAUUUUUAAUGAGGUUGAUUUUGGUUUUGGGAAGCCAUUUAUCGUAGGGCCAAGCUUAGGAAAACUCAAUCACCCAUGUUCAAAUUAUGUGGUGCUGGUUGAUGCUGAUCGAUGGGUUCUCUCUCUCUUCCAUGGCGAAGAAGAACGAACUGUGCGAAAACCUGGAUCUCGUCUCCCUGUUCUUGAUACGAAGGAUGAUAUACUGCAGGAUGACCGAAUAGAGAAGAUUGUUGAUUCGUUCCAGGUUCUUGUUGAGGAAAAAGAAACUCUUGUUGUAGGAGAUGUAAGGCAGAGUAGUGUUCGACAUUCUCCUAUAUUCUUGGAAUUUCUUUCUCUGCCUGUUAGUUCAAGCUGGGAUAGAGAAGUUGAAUUAGAACAAGAAGAGGAACAAGAUCAAUCUAUGAACAAGUCGAGUGAUGCUAAACUGAUCUAUACAGAGCCAUUACUAAAAAAUGGCCAAAAGAUUGUCCAAAUUGAUAUUGAGGAAGACAAGGAACAAUCUGAGAGCUGGAACACUGCCAUAAUUUGUAUGAUUCUUGGAGCUAAUCCUCAUAUGACAAUAGCAAGAUUUUCAAGGGGAUUGGUCAUGGUUAAAUUCAAUGAUGAGGCUACUCAGAAUGAGAUUUUGGAGGCAGGAGUCAUUCAGUUCGAUAGAAACCAGUUAUUGUUCGACCUUGGACAACAGACUUGA